CCCAUCUCUCCCCAAGCAUUUCUACCAGAACAGGGCACAGCCUCCUGCCAGUGCGUCCCGCGUGCAGAGUAACACGACGGCUCGGCCCGGCCCUCCUGCCCAUGUGUAUCCAGCUGCUUCCCAGGUGAUGAUGAUACCCUCCCAGAUAUCCUACACACCUUCCCAAGGAGCCUAUUACAUUCCUGGACAGGGUCGCUCCACGUACGUUGUCCCGACCCAACAGUACCCGGUCCAACCUGGCGCCCCUAGUUUUUACCCUGGAGCCAGCCCCACAGAGUUCGGGACUUACGCGGGUGCAUAUUACCCAGCACAGGGGGUGCAGCAGUUCUCAGCAGGGGUCCCUGCUGCCCAGGUCAUUGUGAGCCAGCAACCACCGAUCCCCCCCAAACGAGAACGCAAGACGAUCCGAAUACGAGACCCCAACCAAGGCGGCAAAGACAUUACAGAAGAAAUUAUGUCUGGAGCAAGGACCUCAUCCACCCCCACCCCUCCACAGGCUGGAAGCGGUUUGGAGCCCCAGGCCAAUGGAGAGACCUCCCAUGUAGCAGUUAUUGUCCGGCCUGAUGACCGCCCGAAGCCUGCGCUGGUGGUGAGCAAGCCCGUCUCCCUGGAGCCCAGCAAAUCGGCAUCCCCGUCGCCUCCCCCUCCCCUGAUCCCUGAGGUGGAGCCCGUGGUGCUCUCACCUGUGACGCUGGUGCCAAUGGAGCCUCCCGUGGACACGGACACAAAAGCGGAGCAGGGCGAGGCGCCACCUGACCCGCAAAAGACGUUAAGCGCCAUCACUACAGUGCCAGGGGCUGCGGAGUUGCCCCUUGUGCCCGCGCCCAACAUGGACACGGUGGCUGCGGAGGAGGAGGAGGAAGAGGAAGAGGAGGUUGCUAUUCCCCCCCGGGAAGAGCCCUGCCCCGAGCCCACUGCUGAGGCCAAUGGGGUUUUGGAGGAGACACCUGAGACGGUCCCUGAGGCGCCUGUGUGCCAGCCAGUGCCGGUCUCUGAGCCGGUGCCUGUGCCCACCCUGGACUCCCCCAUUGCCCAGCCUGAAGAGCUGCCCCUACCCAAUGGGGUGGAGGGCACCAGCAAAGUGGAGCCAAGUGAGGAGCAGCCUGAGUCGGAUGUCAGCCCCAUCUCAGAGCCUGAGGAGCUAGCCCAGCCUGGCACCCCUGCCUCCCCACCUGCAGAGGAGGAGGAGGAAGAGAGUGAAGGCCCUGGUGAGACCCAGGAGCAAAGCUUGAGCCCAGCCCCUGCCCCCUCACAGAUCUCGGAGGCGACCGCGCAAGUCGCCAUGUCGGUGCCAAAGAAGAAACGAAGGAUGAAGGAGUUGAACAAGAAGGAGGCAGUAGGUGAUUUGCUGGAUGCCUUUAAAGAGUCUCAGACUGGUGAUAGUGCCUCGGAGGCGGAGAACAAGCCCCCCAUGUCUGCCCCUGCCAGUGAAGCAGAGGACGUGGCUCCUGCCCGUCCACAGGAAGAGUCGGAAGAGACGUGGGAGGAGAAGGAAGACAAGUUGGCCCCAGAGAAGGGCAAGGCUGCUGGCCAGAAGUACGGCUACAAGGAAGAGCAAUGGAAGCCACUGAACCCUGAGGAGAAGAAGCGAUACGACCGGGAGUUCCUGCUGGGCUUCCAGUUCAUCUUUGCCAGCAUGCAGAAACCUGAGGGGCUGCCACAGAUUACAGAUGUGGUGCUGGACAAGGCCAACAAGACCCCACUGCGGGCAAUCGACCCCAUCCGCCUCAGUGGCAUGAACUGCAGCCCUGACUUCACCCCCUCCUUCGCCAACCUUGGCCGGCCUGUCAUGGGCAACCGGGGCCUGCCUUCAGGGUUGGGUCCCCGCCGCUCCCAGCAGAGCCAGAGGAAGGAGCCCCGCAAAAUAAUUGCUACCGUGUCCCUCAAUGAGGAUGUCAAGCUGAACAAGGCCGAGAAGGCCUGGAAACCCAGCAGCAAACGUGCUUCCGAGGAGGAGGAUCCUGAGAAUAUCAAGACACAGGAACUGCUCCGCCGUGUCCGCAGCAUCCUCAACAAACUGACGCCCCAGAUGUUCCAGCAACUGAUGAAGCAGGUGAUGGAGUUGUCCAUCGACACGGAGGAGCGGCUCAAGGGUGUCAUCGACCUCGUCUUCGAGAAGGCCAUCUCGGAGCCAAACUUCUCUGUUGCCUAUGCUAACAUGUGCCGUUGCCUUAUGGGGCUUAAAGUGCCCACAACAGACAAGCCCACAGUGACUGUGAACUUCCGCAAGCUGCUGCUUAACCGCUGCCAGAAGGAGUUUGAGAAGGACAAGGAUGAUGAUGAGAUCUUUGAGAAGCGGCAGAAGGAGAUGGAUGAUGCCAGUGCUCCUGAGGAGAAGGCGCGUAUGAAAGAUGAGCUGGAGGAGGCGCGGGACAAGGCCCGACGACGAUCCCUGGGCAACAUCAAGUUCAUUGGAGAGCUCUUCAAACUCAAGAUGUUGACAGAGGCCAUUAUGCAUGACUGUGUGGUGAAGCUGCUCAAAAACCAUGAUGAGGAGUCUCUUGAGUGCCUUUGCCGCCUGCUUACGACUAUCGGCAAGGACUUGGACUUCGAGAAAGCCAAGCCCAGGAUGGACCAGUACUUCAAUCAGAUGGAGAAGAUCAUCAAAGAGAAAAAGACAUCAUCACGAAUCCGUUUCAUGCUGCAGGAUGUGAUUGACCUAAGACGGAGUAGCUGGGUGCCGCGGCGAGGAGACCAGGGCCCCAAAACCAUCGAUCAGAUCCACAAGGAAGCAGAGAUGGAGGAGCAUCGGGAACACAUCAAAGUGCAGCAGCUCAUGUCAAAGGACAAGAGGAGAGGACCCCCUGGGCCAUCCUCCGGUGGGCGCAGUAGCCUGGUUGCAGAUGAUGGCUGGAACACAGUGCCCAUCAGCAAGGGCAACCGGCCCAUCGACACCAGCCGGCUAACGAAGAUCACCAAGCCUGGAUCCAUCGACUCCAAUAACCAGCUCUUUGCACCGGGUGGGCGGCUGAGCUGGGGCAAAGGCAGCAGCGGAGGGUCUGGCGCGAAGCCCACAGAUUCAGCAUCUGAUUCAGGGCGACCAGCCACGAGCACCUUGAACCGCUUCUCAGCGCUCCAGCAGUCAAUGCCUGCCGAGAGCCCAGAGUCCCGCCGUGUGGUGCAGAGGAGCAGCUCCAGCCGUGACAGGUCAGAGAAGGCUGGGGACAGAGGGGACCGGGAGUCACGUUCAGAGAAGGGCAGUGACCGUCUAGAGCGUCCUGACCGGGGGGAGAGAGCAGACAGGAACAGGUCUGCCCUCACCAAGAGGAGCUUUAGCAAAGAGACAGAGGACAGGAGCCGAGAACGGGAGAAGCAGGGAGGCCCCGAGGCCGUGCGCAAGGCUGCGAGCAUGACGGAGGAACGGGACCGGAGCCGAGAGACCAUUAAACAAGAUCCAACCCCUCCUGCAACAUCCACCAAGCCUGUGCUGUCGGAAGAGGAACUGGAGAAGAAAUCCAAGGCGAUCAUAGAGGAAUACCUUCACAUCAAUGACAUGAAGGAGGCCCUGCAGUGUGUGCAGGAGCUGGGCAGCCCCUCCUCACUCUACAUCUUUGUGCAAAAUGGCAUCGAGUCCACGCUGGAGAGGAGCACCAUCUCCCGCGAGCACAUGGGAGCCCUGCUCUGCCAGCUGGUGAAGGCAGGCACGCUCUCCAAGGAGCAGUACUACAAAGGGCUGCGGGAGAUCUUGGAGAUUGCGGAGGACAUGGAGAUUGACAUCCCACACAUUUGGCUGUACUUGGCUGAGCUCAUCACCCCCAUCCUGCAAGAGGAAGGCAUCCCCAUGGAGGAGCUGUUCAGGGAGAUCACAAAGCCCCUGGUGCCCAUUGGGAAAGCCACCACACUGCUGGUCGAGGUGCUGGGCUUGUUGUGCAAGGGCAUGGGCCAGAAGACAGCAGGAAAGCUGUGGCGGGAUGGAGGCCUGAGCUGGAAGGAAUUCCUGCCUGAGGACCAGGAUGUCAACAAAUUUGUCACAGAGCAGAAAUUGGAGUACACGAUGGGGGACAGCUCAGACAUGCCAAGCCGAAAGGAGCUGACCUCUGAGGAGCUGUGCAAGCAAAUAGACAAACUGCUGAAGGAGAACCCAAACAACCAAAGAAUAUAUGACUGGAUUGAGGCCAACCUGAGUGAGCAGCAGGUCUCGUCCAACACGUUUAUCAGGGCCCUGAUGACGUCUGUGUGCCACUUGGCCAUUGUCUUUGAGAACCCGUACCGCGUGGAUGCCAUGGUCAUCCGCAACCAAGCCAAGCUGCUCCAGAAAUACCUGCGGGAUGAGCAGAAGGAGCUCCAGGCACUCUAUGCUCUGCAAGCCUUGGUGGUGAAGUUGGACCAGCCUCCCAACCUGCUGCGGAUGUUCUUUGAUGCCCUCUACGAUGAGGACGUCAUCAAGGAGGAGGCUUUCUACAAGUGGGAGUCCAGCAAGGACCCAGCCGAGCAGCAGGGCAAAGGGGUGGCUCUCAAAUCGGUGACAGCCUUUUUCACCUGGCUCCGGGAAGCUGAGGAUGAGUCGGACAACAACUGAGCAGCUAUGAGGACGAGGAGGAGGAGGAAGGGGGGAGAGAGAGCGGGGGCACCCUAGGGAGUGACUCCAUCCCUUCCCAUCCCUGGCCCCCAUGGACUUGCUGAUGCCAGGGUAGAGGGACCUGCUGUGCCCCUUGCAGCCCCUCUCUCUUAUUUCAGUUCUCCUCUCUCUUCUUCCUCUGCCCUGGUUCUGUUUUUAAGGCCUGUACGAGUUUGUCAUGAUGAUAAUAAACAGAUGCUGACUGAGGCGGUGGCUGCCAUGGGUCCCCUUGGGGACCCUCCUCGCCCCCCUCCCAGCGCAGGCACACCGGGUCUCUGGGAGUGGGGCAGAGCACCCCUGGAUUCAUGUCAUGGAGAGGGGGGGAUGGGAUGGGGACAUAACUCUCCCCUCUUCUCCCUCCUUCUUUCUCCUCUCCCCUUCUUGAUGAAAUAUAGAGAGAUUAUAUAUAUAUAAACUUAUUAAAUUUGGUUUGGGGACAGGAGUGUGAUUUCUCCCCCUCCCCUGUCCUCUCUCUAUUCCUCCAUCACUGCCUGGACCCACUCCCCUGUAUGGUUUUUAAAUUUUAAAUAUAAAUCAUUCCCCCCCCCCAGAUCCUGCUCUGACACCUGGGGAGGGUGCCGGGGAGGAGGGGGGGUGGCCCCUCCUCUCUGGGCCAGGCUGAGUCCCCUUCAUGACCCCAAAAGCCCCCAUCCUCUUCCCAAACGUUUAAGGCCACAAUUGGGCAAGUGACAGGGCGGCCCCCUCAUCCGCGUCCCCUGUAUUUAUAGAGCGCCGGAUGUGACGAGCCGCAUGUGUAAUUAUUAAAACAAGGAUUCAAUUACUGGUCACGUGAA